GUCAAACCUCAAACCUUUCAUUUUACCUUCUGAUUCAAAUUUGUUACUUUUUUCAAAACAAAUUUUGUAUAAAACAAAUUGGCCCAGGAACAACAACAACAUUAAAACUUUAAAACACUACUCAAGAGUUUUCCAUAAUUAAGCAUUUUCAGAUUUUCUGGAUUUUCGGAAUAUCAUAUAUUUUCUGAAUAAUCAUCUAUAUGAAAUGUUGAGAGAAAUUGUUAGUGGUACUCACCUUGGAGCUCACAUAAAUAAGAAUGUGAGCAUUACUGGAUUUGUUAUGGAAAUAUCUCCAAAUGGCCUAUGGUUCGAGAUGAAGACAACCGACAACCAAGUUGUAAGAAUUUCCUUGCAGAGGCCUAUUGAUAAUCCAAUAGAAGGAUAUGUAGAGGUCCAUGGAAAAUCUACAGGAAAAGGUAUCACAGCAGAUGAUUACAUCACAUUUAGUAAUGAAAGUUUUGAUGCCAAAGCCUACAAUUCCAUGUGCACUCUCUUGAACAGUGUACCUAACUUAUGGCAUACAUCAUAAUCUCAGGAGAUCAGGAUUUCAUAUUGAUGUCUCAUCCCUUUCUUUUAGUGUAUCUUCAUUUCCACAUAGUAAUAUAAUAUGAGAAAAAUUUGUAUCAUAUAUAUGUCUGCUAAUUUUGAAAAUUCAAUUCAUGAUAAUAAUUGUAAGUUUGAUUUUUUACUCAUACAGUGUUGAGUAAACAGUUGCAUUUAUAUCCCUGAAUUCUUUAUAAUUUUUUCAAUCAUGGUGGUUACAGGGUUAUAAGUUCCAAUACCAAAUUUGUUGGCUUACAUUCUCUGUAUCUCUGUUUUUCUGAACCAUAAAAUAACUUUUCAACCAC